GCAAGGGGUGCAUCAGUAAGGAAUCAUCUUCCUACCAGAACGCACUCGGGAGCUUCCCAGGGUCAGAGUGAUAUCAAGAUGAAGCUGCUGGUGAUAUUGCUCCUCGUGGGCGUGGUGGCUCUUGGAGUGAACUCAGACCCAGAGCCACAGAAUUUCCGUGGUUCCAACCCCGACCGUAACAGAUUCGGAAGCGGCAGCAGCAGCUUCGGUAGCAGUUUCGGCAACAGCAGGGGCUCUUUCGGCAACAGCCGGGGCUCUUUUGGCAACAGCCGGGGAUCUUUUGGCAACAACAGGGGCUCUUUUGGAAGAGGUAGUUCAUCCGGCUUUGGAUCUGGAAGCGGGUUUGGAGGCUCAUCCAACUUCGGAAGAGGUUUCUCAGGCGAUAGAGGAAAUUACUUUGGCAACAGCUUCUUGUCUGAAGGACGGACCAGAGGAAAUAUGUGGAGCAGACCUUACCAGGGACGAACUCGAGGAUACUACGAUAUGUUCGGCUCGGGAUCGAACUACGGGACUUCCGGAUACGGCGACAUACCCACGUGGAUGUUGAUGCGAUGGGCAGAUGAUUCUCUGGAGAUCUUUGAUGACAGAAGGAAGCGAAACGUGGAGGUUGUUGCGAGCGACAAUACAGCUGCGGAGGUAGUCUAAAAAGUGGAGGCUGCUGAAAUACAUUACAAAGCGCCUACAGGUAUUAAGACAGGUGUUAUAACUUUAGAUGACAACAUGUACACCACUUCACAGGGUCAACACAGUCUCUUUGAUUCCAUUCGUAGUUCCAGGUCACUCGAAAAUACUUGAAAAAAAAAAAAAAAGUCUUCAUGAAUUCUAAUGGAAAAGUGACUUAUAAUGAUAUUGCAAUGAACAUUAUAUGUUAUAUCAAAAUGCAUGGGGCUCACUUUAUGUAACAAUUUCUCAAAAGACAUUUCUUAUCACUAAACACUUUUCCAUAAACAUGCACACACACACACCUAAGCCAAUUUAUCUAAAAGGGAAUAUGAAGUGCUAAGUUGCUUGAUGCUAGUACCUACUACACACCCAUGCCUCGGAUAUUAUGGUAUUAUUUUCCUGUUCAGACAGACAUCUAGGCUACAGAAAAAUGUCUCCGAUCAUUUUUCUGUAGCCAACACAUAUCUUUCAGUCUGUAAACGCAUCUUAAAUUUAAGAGUAUU